UUGCGGACAUAGCUCAUAUGCUUUAUCUAAUACCUACAUACGAAAUAGUUAAACGUAUAAAAGGUGCGUUGGUUCAAUAUUGAGCAUACAGCAUUCUUACGCCGAUUCAACCAUGCGUGCCUUCAUUUUCUUUGCCCUCGUCGCGGUGGCUGUGGCCAAACCAACUCCAGGUUUCCUCUCAGGAUAUGGAGGAUAUGAAGGAUUGGGCGGAUAUGGUGGAUAUGGCGGAUAUGGAGGUCUGAGCCUCGGUCACGAGUCAGCCAUCACAAUUGCCCAACCAGCAAUCUCGGUUGCGCACGCGCCCGUCAUCCAGGCCGCACCCAUCGUCCACGCUCCCGUAGCUGUCGCCCAUGCACCAGCCACUAGCUACUCCUCCUUCCAGAGGGUGAUCCACCCAUCAACUCACGCCGUUGUCCAGGCUGCUCCCGUUGUUCACGCUGCGCCAGUCGCUGUUGCCCAGCCUGUGAUCCACGCCGCCCCAGCUUUGGCCCCAGCGGUCAUUUCCCAUGCCCCAUUGGCCACCUACGCGUCGUCCUACGGCCAUGGUUGGGGUCAUGGUUGGUGAAGGGUUAGAAGUAAUUAUAAAUAAUUAUAAAUGCGUUGAGAUCAUGCCCGUUCGGCGGGUGAAUAAAUAUUUAUAUUCAAUUA